UGUCAAACUUAAUGCGUCAUGGAACCUUAUCAAAGCGGCUCUUGCGCCAGCCGCUUGCUCAUCCCUCAUUUGGUCUAGCCUAGAACCUAAUCUCUUAUCUUUGCCGCUUGUCGCCCCUGCAUCAGAUGGCAUACUUCGCUUCCACCCUUCUCGUUCAAAAUUCUGCACGCGAGCAAAAAGCUGCACUGCACUGACAGGGUCUUCAUCCACCCACCACCCUUCAACCUAUCACAUCCACCGUGAAUAUAAGACACCGCCUCACAGGACCACUUCUCACCACUUCUCACCACUUCACACCUCAACCUCAUCUCUUCCCUCCUCCUAUAUACUCGACAUUGAGAAGCUUCACGAUGUCCGCUUUGUGGUUGUUGGGUCACAAGACCUUAUCGGAUCCAUUGACGGUACAUGAAGCCUUAUCUGGUAUCUUUGGAAGCAUCAGUUUGGCGACAUGGAUCUUUCUCCUGGUCCCUCAGUUAUAUCUGAACUAUAAGACUGGAAGUGCAGAGGGCAUCUCACUGGCUUUCCUCGGUGUCUGGCUCAUUGGUGACAUCACCAACCUGUCCGGUGCUCUAUGGGCCGAUCUAGUCCCAACUGUCAUCGCUCUCGCCAUAUACUUCUGCAUCGCCGACGUCGUUCUCAUCACGCAAUGUCUUUAUUACAACCACGUGAAUGCCAAAACCACGCGCCAGCAAUCAGUCGCCUCAGCCGCAACAGAGAACGAGCCGCUUCUCUCCCAUCGCCGAAGCAGUGACACGAUCGGCCUCCCAGGGUCGCACAGACGCCGCUCUUCAGCUAUCAGUGCUGGUGGAAACUCACUUGCUAAGAUCCUGGAGGAGGACGAUAUCGAUGGAAAGCCGUGGUUGAAGAAUACCUUGAGUAUUCUUGGUGUCGUUGUGGUUGGGACAGCGGGCUGGGCUAUCGCGUGGCAAUCUGGUGUCUGGAUUCCUCAGCCUGAGGAUGGAGACAUGGUUGGUCCGCAAGCUACUGCUAUGGGUGCGAAGAUCUUGGGAUACAUCAGCGCGGUUUGCUAUCUUGGAGCGCGCAUCCCGCAAAUCAUCAAGAACCACCAAGAAAAGUCCUGCGAAGGCCUCGCCCUCCUCUUCUUCAUGCUCUCGCUAAUGGGCAACCUCACCUACGGCGCCGGCAUCCUCGCCCACUCUCUCGAGAAGGAGUAUCUCUGGACCAACCUCCCCUGGUUGAUUGGGAGUUUGGGCACGAUGGCGGAGGACGCAAUUAUUUUCGUGCAGUUUAGGAUGUAUGCGCCGAAGAUGCGUGCCGAGGCUGUGGAGUAGAUGGUUCAAAGUGAAAGUGGUGUUGAAGAAGUGGACGUAGGGGGAUGAGGAGGGGCCAGGAGCCGAAUUCAAGGAAUAGGAGAUGAUAAGACGUGCAUGCAUGGAUGGUGGGUACUGCUAAUCAUGGAGAACCAUGUAUUUGUAUGUAUAUUUGGCGUUUGUACGAGUUCUCCCGCAUUAUCUGGAUGAGCAUGCUCUAAGCUUAGUUAUUUUGAAUCACAAGUUCACAACUCAAUAUUCCCCAUACCUCCGUUAUUAGCCAAUCUGCCAUAGUUCAGCCUCGUCGCCCUUCCUUCUCAAGAGUUCAGCUCACAUAUCAAACCGUUUUUGACUGUUAUUAGCGACAAAACUACCUCCCUUGCUUAAUUGGCUUCGCUACACUUGAAUCGCAUACAUAACGAGAUUUAACCGCUUUCUGAGUGGUGGAGUCAAUAAGCGACUUUUGACAAUAUGUCAGUCUAUCAAUCCAGACACGAUCGCAGCGAGGAGACUAUUUCAAUCUGUGCUUCUUGCGGAGUUGAGCUAUGAGACGUCUGCUAUUUUGACGUCAAUUCUGAGAUCAUGGCGUUCCUCUGAAAGUUUUUCCAUUUAAGACCGCCCAGCCAAGCUACAGCCUCGCGUAGAACCCCUAACUAUUUUGGUACAACGCUUCAACAUUCCAUAACUAGGUAGUCGUCCAUUUUGACACGUUCUACAAACUGAAGCCACUGUCUUACAGCCUCUCGUCGUACUUCCAUGUGAUGUAAGGCUCAACAUAUUUUUAGAUAUCCCUUUCCAAAUCCCCCUUUCUAGAAACUCGACUUCGUCCAAUCCCAACUCCACUCAAUCAUUAUUCGCUUCAUCCCAACUAUUAAAAUUAAUUAUUCAGGAGAAGAAGGCCCUCUAACCACUUAGGGUAGUAGUGCAAGACUUUAUCCCCACACCCAAUCACGGGCCAAUCUCC